GGAAGGAAUCUAACCGUAAGAGUUUAUAAACAAAAAAGUCGUUUUUGUUUGCGUUACGUCAAAAUUUGUAUAGAAGCAAUAGCUCGGAUCGGAGCUCUCUCCGGCAAACACCGUGAUCUCCGGUUUCGAUUUGAACACGAAUGGGGAAAAUCAAGAAAUUGAAUCGUGGGGCUCACGUUACUGCUCCUUAUCCAUCACCACCGUCUUGUUGCAAGAAACAAUGGUCAGGCUCAACUUGCCCAGUAUGUUUGGAGUCUCCACACAACGCUGUUCUUCUCCUCUGUUCGUCUUAUCACCAAGGAUGCCGUCCUUACAUGUGCGCAACAAGCAGCCGCUUCGCCAACUGUCUUGACCAGUACAGGAAGUCCUACGGAAACUCGGAACAGGCUCAGCUUUUGUGUCCGCUAUGCAGAGGUCAAGUGAAAGGUUGGACUGUUGUGGAAGACGCAAGGAUGCAUUUCAACUCCAAGAGAAGGACUUGUAUGCAGGAAACAUGCUCCUUUGUAGGAAACUUCAAGAAGCUCAAGAAACACAUGAAGGAGAAACACCCGCAUGCUUGCCCUUGGGCCGUUGAUCCAGCUCUAGAGACCAAAUGGAAUAGGCUGGAGAGGGAGAGAGACAGAAGAGACGUGAUAAGCACGAUUAUGUCGUCGACUCCAGGCGCUGUUGUGAUGGGAGAUUAUGUCAUAGAGCCGCGUCAUCGGGGAGCUGCUAAUGAUGAAGAAGAUUACAGUUCAGAUGAUUCUCUGAGCGACGGUGUACCGGAGUUAGAUUCAUGGCGAGGACAAAACCAUCAUAUUAGGUUUAUCGAUAUGGAUGCAAGCGACUUAGCAUCAUCUUCCAGAUCCCAUGAUGCUUCUCCACGCAGUUUACUCUUGCCACGGAACCAGAGAGGCGACAAUAGAGGUCGGUAACUUUAUUUUAACCGAAGCAGUAUAAAAGGCUAACACGACCAGUCAAGUCAAUUAGCCACAUAGAGGGAAUUGAAAAAAAUACUCCCAGUAUUGUCCCUUUAAUUUUUAUUUAUUUUCGUGUAAAUUAUGUAUUACCUGUAAUUGUAUUAUUGUUUCUGCAUUGUUGUACACUAGUGAGGCAUAAUCUCUUAUGCCUUUUUCCUUUUCUUUUUAAAAAGUUUUAUGUAUUGAUUUGAUUUU